AUGUUGAAUGAUGACUCUACCCAUCAUUGGAGACACCUUGCGAGGGCACUCAAUAUUCCACCUGAAAAAUGCAAGAUCUUUGAACCAGCAGAAGACAAUAACAGUCCGACCAAAUUGUUGUUCAAAAGCAUUGAGAAGUGCGAGCCUGAUUUGACAUUUGAAGAACUUGUACUAGCCCUUGUAGCCAUGAAAAGACAAGAUGUCUUAGAUGUCCUUCAAAAAUAUUUUUCAAGUAAGUUCAAUUUUCUAGUUUGAAAUCCUAUGCAUGAGUGCCGGGUACUUUCACAGACAGGUUAUCAGUAAGAAAACUUAGCACUCUUUUUACUUUUAUGGGGAAUUUAUUUUGUUUUACAUCACAAAUAACAAGCCUUUUUGUGGAAAACAUUUAUUUCUGGUAGUUAUCUUCAAGUUGAAAUUAUUGCUUUACCCCUCUAAGUCGAUUAAUCCUUCAUCGUCACUUUAUAAUGAAGGGUAAAUAUCAUGAAAAUGAAGGAAGUUAUCAUCAAAGAUAAUAGUCUUUAUUUAUAAAAAUUCUUGUGUUUAGAAAUGUAUGUUUCCCAACCAUUCGAUAGAUUUCACCAAUAUAUCAUGACUAGGAAAAAUUCCAGAAUCUAUCCCAGCAGUCAUGUCGAUUUGUGAUGUUGGGCAGGGGACGGGAGGGAGGGGUAGGAACUGAAGUAAGGUCAAUAGAGGACUGGUAUCUAGCUUAAACUUUUGCUGACUGAUUGCUAUCAUUCCCAUUGGUCAAAAUUUAUUUAUUGGUGACCAUCGCGCAAACGUGAAACAGGUUGCUGGACAAAAUUGAAAAAGUUCCAAAUUUCUUUGACUCCUUUCUGGCCAGAUGAUUGGGGUUGUCUUCUCGUUAGUGGGCAAAAUCGUCGUGCUCAAGCCUACAAAAUCUGGAGCAAUUGGGAAACUAUAAAAUCCCCGAUCAUCUGGGAUUUUCCUUAACGGCAUAAAGGCAUAAAGUGUUUAGGCAGCGAAGGACACUCUAUUGGUUCAAGUAACAGAUGCAUUGUUAGUUUUCGUUUUUUGAAUCCCAUUGAUCCAGUGGUCUUUUCAUUAUAUCAAGUGCACAUGUUGAGAGACUAUGUUUGUACACCAGGUGAUGACAUUGAUCAGAUUUUGGAAGAGAACAAUCUCCUUACACCAGCAGAAGAUCCGUUAGUGGACCAGAAGGAAAUCUAG